CGCCCCUUGGUCUCGUGAGUGCCGGUUCGGUGGGUGUGGCAGCAGAUGCGUGUCAGUCCACAGUGUCUCACCGGUGGCGCCUAGAACAAUGGGUUCCAAAGUAGUUACUUCUUGCGCGAUUUUUGUGGCUAGUUUUAUUUUUACUGUUGUUUCGGGCCAAGAAUCCGCCGUCCUCUACGAUGCGGAAACAUUCCACAAAGAGGUUUCAACAAACCCGCAUUUCGUCAUGUUCUUCGCACCUUGGUGUGGCCACUGUAAGCGACUCAGCCCAACAUGGGAAGACUUAGCAACCAAGUACAAGGAUGAUGCCAGCAUCAAGAUUGCUCGGGUCGACUGCACAGUUGAGACUGCUCUUUGUGCUCAGCAUGAAGUCACCGGAUAUCCCACGUUAAAGUUUCUCAAUGGCAAGGCAGAUGAUGCAGGAGUUAAGUACAGGGGUCCAAGGGAUCUGGCUUCUCUUGAAACAUGGCUGAAGGAGCAGCUUGAUGGGGGAACCCCUGCAGAAGAACCAUCAGAGAAGAAAGAGGAGGAGAAAAAAGCUGAACAACCUCAGGUGCCUGAAGCAGAGAAGCAAGUUGUGAAUGAACUCACUAUAGACACAUUUAAGAGUUUUGUUGAGAAAGGGAGUCAUUUUGUGAAGUUCUAUGCUCCAUGGUGUGGCCAUUGCAAGCGGUUGGCUCCAACUUGGGAUGAACUGGGAAAGGUCCUGGAGUAUGACCAGAGUGUGCAGAUAUCCAAAAUUGACUGCACUGCUCACAAACCUCUGUGCCAGGAACAUGAGGUGAAGGGCUAUCCCACUCUCCUCUGGAUCGAGGAUGGGAAAGUAGUAGAGAAGUACUCUGGACAAAGGACUCUUGAAGCAUUGAAGGAGUAUGUGGACAAACAAAAGGGAGGAAGCAUGGAAGAGGGAAAGAGUUCCACAGAAGAAGGUGCAACCGAUGUCGUACCCAUAUUAACACAAGAGACCUUUGCUCAAGUUGUCAAGGAUGGAGUUACUUUGAUCAAAUUCUUUGCUCCCUGGUGUGGUCAUUGCAAACGUCUUGCACCUACUUGGGAAGAACUGGGCAAGAAGUUCAUUGGCAAGGAAGGAAUUCGAAUAGCAAAGGUGGACUGCACUGCUUCUGACUCAAAAUCCCUCUGUGAUUCCUUUGAGGUUGAUGGAUUUCCAACAAUCCUGCUUUUCCGAAACGGGGAAAAGAUCUCAGAAUAUGAGGGGAACCGGGAUUUGUCUGAUCUCACUUCAUACCUGAUGAAGCACGUCCGGGAUGAGCUGUGACAAUAUUUCCAUGAUGCCAUCCAGCCAAGAGUACUUUGUGUGAUGGGUCAUGCUUCUAAAUGUGAUCAAUGGCAUGAUUAUGGAAUGAAUAAAUUUGAACAGGCUCUUUGAUGUCUGUGUACAGUUCACUGGUAUUUGGAUGUGUGAUGCCACUGAGACUUUUAUGUUGAUGUUUGUGUAAGCAAUAAAUCGUUCAGGGUUUGAUGAAAGGUGACA